CUCGUGUAUAUAUAUAUAACAUCUCAAACACAAACAUUCAUACAUAAUCCAUCCAAAAUCCUCAGACAUGAAAGGGCCUUUGUGUGUUGCUGAUACCAACAACUUUUCCACUUCUCUUUCUUUGAGUAACUCCAAUAACCCCCUUAUUCCAUGUCAACCUCAAACUCUUUUCUCUCCUGGUAGUGUGAGAGGGUUGAACUUCAAGUUCAACAUUUCUUGGCCAAGGCAUGCUUCUUGUGUUGUGCAACGGCAAAAGAAUAAUAGUAAUGAUGGUAAUGGGUUUGUGGUGGGGUGUGCAAAGUGGGGUUUGGAGAGAGAAGUGGAAGCUGAGAUGAAACAGCAUGAAGAUGAGGAAAAGGGUGGGAGUGGAAUGGGAAGAUUUAGGCACAAGUGUGGAGAAAGAAAGGGGGUUGUGGAGCUGUUGGAGUGUCUGGAAAAGGAGGCAAUAAUGGGUGAAGACGUGGGAAAAGAGCCUACGGAUUACAACCGAAGGGCUCAGAUAUUUGACAGAAGUUCUCAAGUGUUUCAAACUCUUAAGGAACUCAACAAUGAUGUUUCCCCAUAAGAGUCUUCUCAAUAGAAGGAACUAUAUUUGGUUUCAUUUUGACUCCAUAGUCCAUAAUUGUAUUUAAAUAAACAAAUAGUGGCCAAUUGUAUCAUUGAAGUUGGAUGUAUUGAUACAUUACCAAAGAUCAUAGUACACGGAACUCCUCUUUUCUA